UUUUCAAAAUUGAUCUGUAAUCAAUGUAAAAACAGCUAUCCGAGAUGCCGAGUGAGUAAACACUACCAAUCUUUAGAAGUAAUCUCUAAUUUCAUAAAGCGGUAGUGCUCAGCAGUUUAAGCACCUCAAACCAAAGUCAAAUUAAAUCGGAUAUGAGUAAGUGGAGCUUAAAAAUUGUCGAUUUUGAAAAAUAAUCAUGAAUUUUACGACAUCGAAAAAUUUUCAGCUGAUGCCAAAUUUCUUAAAAUUUCAUGAAACGUCGAGAUCAAGUGUCAUCUUGAAUUUUUUUUUAAUUGACUCUUUUGGACGUCGAGAGCGUGGGGGAAGGGGGUUAAUUUUAUGAUUUCUGAAAUCGAAAAUUUUUGUUUAUGCUAAAUAUCUUAACAGUCUUAAGCGUCGAGAUCUCUUGUUAUCUUGAAAGUAAAAAUUUCUAAAAAUCUGCUCUGGAACAUUUUGAGAAAAUUGGAAAAAAAAUCAAUCUGGGAAAUUUUUCUGAUUCCCGAAAUCGAAAAUUUGGUUAUUAUGCCAAAUAUCUUUCUUUUUCUUUAUAGAAAGGUAUUAGAAUUGUUGAAAAACCGACUUUCGAACAGAGACUCAGAGACCGAUAGUAUUAUGUUCCAUUCGACUCAUGUCGACGGGAUCGGAAAAUGUCGUUGUGUGUGUAUGUAUGUGUGUUAAAGAUAUUUUUAUCGCUCAAUUUUCUCAAAGAUGGUUGAACCGAUUUUAACCUACAAAUUGGCUCGUUUGAAAGCAACUGUCGGGCCAUUGGUCAAGUUUAAAGAUCAAAUGGCUGUGACUUCUGGUUCCAGAGAUAUGAUGGUAUAAAUGACGUAACCGAGAGGGGGGAAUACAUCCAAUUUCCGAAAUAGAUUUUUUUUAAUGCCGCAUGUCUUAGAAUUACACGAAAUGUCGAGAUUCAGUGUCAUCUCGAAAAUAUUUUUUUGAAUAUCGACUUUUUAGGACUUGAGGAAAAUGUGAUAUCGCAGAAAGUCGAUUUUUGAAAAACGAAUUUUUUUUCGAGAUGACACUAAAUCUCGACGUUUCAUGCAACUCUAAGACAUUUGGUAUUUACCUUUCGUCUUCGACUCAUCAGUGCCUAGCAGUUCAUGUUGUACUCUCACGCAACUAAGCAAUUCAACAUGAACCAUUAAUCAGUCUACUUGAGAAACAUUCGAAGGUGUACCGAAGUACAGAGUCUUACUGAUAAAGCCCCGAUCGCAAAAAAAGUUUACGACAUACCCUUAUGCCACAUAGCAGUUCAACAUAAACUGUUAUUCACUGACGAGUCGAAGACGAAACGACCGACCAGAGGUUGAUUUUGGAGCUUUCAUGUCUUCAGAAGAAUUUCUGUUUGAUAUAGUCUACUUCUUUUAAUAUAACCAAAGUUGUCAUCAAUCUACCUACAAGUGAGUUAGAUAACAAUAUUUUGCAUACGAUACGAGCCUGAGAAUUCACGCAUUCAGAAAAGUUGUAGAUCAUGUUUAAACAAGAAAAAAUUUCGAAGACAUGAACGUGUUAAAAUGCAUUGGUGUCGAGAUAUGAUGCAUUGUUUAUUAGAGACCCCCAAAAUCAAGUUUUUCCAUCAUAACUUUUUUCAGUGAAUUUUUAGAAUUUUCGAAUGUUCUAAAAUUAUAUUUUAUUUAUCAAAAUACAUAUUUUUGUCAAAAGUUGCAUAUAUUUGAAUUUACAAAAUAAAGUGUUUUUGAACAAUUUAAUUACAAAAUACUACAAUCUCGAAAAUGUGGGAAUAUGUGGAACAAAAUUUGGUAAUAUGAUCAAAACACUAUUACAGGGUCCGGCACUCGAAGUGUAACCAACUUCAGAUCUUCGAGUCUGGCGUCAAGGUAAAUGCGACAUAUUAUCGGGAAAGUAUUCUGGAGGUUGCUUUGAAGCCGUGGGCAGACAAACAUUUCCGUGGCAGACCAUGGACGUUUCAGCAGGACUCGGCACCGUCUCACAAAGCUCGAGUGAACCAAGAAUGGCUGAAAAACAACGUUCCGAACUUCAUCACGUCCACACAAUGGCUCUCGAAUUCACCAGAUGCGAAUCCAAUGGAUUAUUCUCUUUGGGCCAUUUUGGAGAGCAAAGUCCGAACUAAAAGAUACACCAGUCUCGAGGCGCUGAAAAAAGUUAUUGUCCGCGAGUGGGCCAAAAUACACCUGCAAGUCACAUUCGGGCAGCUUGCGAUUCGUUUUUUGACCGUCUCAAGGCCAUAGUCAAGGCAAAACGUGGUCAUAUCGAGCGAAAGUGAAUUGAUUCUGAAUUUUGUAUUAUUUUUACACAUUUUGUACUUUGAAUUAAGUAUAAGUAAUUUUCCAAACUGAAUUUAUGGCCUUUUUAAUUGGUUACACUUCGAGUGCCGGACCCUGUAGAAAAAUCUUUAAUCACAACAUAAAUUCACUUGAAUUUAUGUGAAAACAUACUGUAUGCCGGAACCCACGAUAUCCGUUUUCGACGCGGCGGGGUGCCAUUCUUCGAACGCGCGCACUUCUGAAUGGAGUCGCUUUACAGUUUUUUCUAUCACGGUUAGAGUUCGACUGAUAGAGCUGUCAAAUAUUGUCUGCUGACUCAUGGGUUACUAUAAUUGUUGCUGUAUGGGUAGUUCCGUCAGUGCGGGUGAAGGUAAACCCAUGAAAAAUCAGAAAUGUGUGUCAAUUUUUUAAUGCAAACGUUAUAUCCACCACAAUUUAGUCUUUAGAGUGAAAUUUAAGAAAAGUCAGGAUUCUUUAGUUCGAAUGGUAUUUGACAUUCUAUUUUAACAGUGUUCGUAGUCGAUUUCUUCGGACACUUAGAAUCCUUCCAGGUUAGUUCUCGACCAUAUGACAAUUGAAUUGGGAAACCAAUACAUAACCAGAGAACUAUGCAAUGUUUACAUGAAACCACUCUUCCUUCAUUACACACUGACAAACUCUCUUACCUUCAUGACAUCUCCGGUUGCUUAGCCUAAGAUUGUCACAUUCGUUUUCACAUUUCAAAAUAUCAUGCACUUCCCCAUUUCAUGUAGCGGGACACGAAUAGUUCGACACAAAACCAAGCAGCGAAAACAAAUUCCGAAGGCUACAGUUUGCUACCGUAAAUACAAACGAAUGUCAUCGACUAUCUACAACGUGAAAUGAAACCAAACUAAAUUUAGUUGGGUUAGCAAACAUCAACACAGAGAGAAAGCAUUUCAUUAUUUCACUGAAUGUCACGUGCAAUUUCCACCACAGACGCCUGCGAAUUCGAAUCCAGUUGCAAUGUUUUAUCGGACACUUCCCAGCUAUUGGCAUUUCUAAGAAUUGCUUUUAUCAGCGUUUGGUGAAGCAGCAAACCUGAACGUGACCUUUGCAAACCUGGCGAAAUGGUAAACACGGACCCGCGUCUGAUAAUCAAUUUCAUCAUUUUCGAACCAACACUCGACGUUCAAAAUUGAACGUAAUUCUUAUAAAGGCUUUGAACUCAGCAGGGAACCAGUUCAAACGGUUCUCGGAGGUAGGAUUACUAGGUGCUAGGUUUUCUAGUGGUUUUCUGUUCAUCCCGUUAUGACUCCAGUGGUUCGCCCAGGAGGGUUGGUGGCAGUCUGUGGGUUGCUGAUAGUUUUCAGCGGCACAAUUUGGAGUGAAGUAUCGGCCUAUUCAGUGGAAAUUACCGGUCCUGAUUGGGAGUCUGGGCGCGAGUAUGAAACGAAAAUUGUGUGCUUCAUUUCCGCAUGCAACGAACAGUACGACUACGGCCGUUUGCCCCUUGGACUGUGCAGCCACGUUAUUCUGAUCGAUUUGGUUGGCUUGAACAACGAUGGAAAAUUGCUGCUUCUGCAGAAAUCUAGCCGAGGUAGGUAGUGGGAGCCAGGAUUAUUGGGAAUCGAACCGUGUCCUCACCGUGAUAUGAUUUUAGCCUUAACGCUGUUUCUGGAAUUGAAGCAACGAUUCCGGAGGGGCGGUGAUUCGGCGAAUUUCGUGGUGUCGAUCGGUGGAAUCAACCAGAAAUCGGCACACUUUUCGCGGGCAGUUCGCGAAGAAAGCAGUCGAUACGCUGUGAUCGAUAACGUGAUAACGUUUGUAACGAAGCAUGGCUUCGACGGGGUGGACAUCGCUUGGUUCUAUCCGGGACAGUUUGGAGGUUGCAAAUCGGACAAGGAAAACUUGAUACUGCUGUUGGAACAGCUUCAUAUGCGGUUGCAUGCCUGCGGUAUGAGUCUAUCACUUACGGUGGGUGUUGAUCCCCGUGAUAUUACCAUAAGCUACGAUGUUGUUAAAAUCGACGAAUAUGUGGACUUUGUUAACUUGUUGACCGGAGAUUACCACGAUCCACGGAAACCAUCGCACUUGUCUCCUUUGUACUCUGCCGAUCCCAAAGAUCGGUUCAAUAUUGUAGGUAAUGGCGAAUUUCCCCCAAAAGUGCGUGUAUUAAAUCCAUUGAACAUUUCAGCAAUACAGCGUAAGAACCUACAUCGAGGCUGGAUUGAAUCCGCAGAAAAUUGUCAUUCUGCUAUCCACUUAUGCCUAUCUCUACACAUUGCGAGCGCCCGUUGAUUACGAUCAAACUGUUUUGAAGACAGUCAAAAAGUUGAGUAAGCUUAGUGCCCAAGAGAUUAUGCAAAGAAAAAACUUCCAAGUGUCCUGGGAUGACGUUCGAUUGGUUCCAUACGCAACCAGAACCCGGGGAACGUGCAGAG